GAGGGUAGCGGGGCUUGUUCACAUAAUAGCCGGCGGCGGGUGAAGGCGUGGUGAGUGUGUGCGCUCUGCUCGUACCGGAUGAUGGGCACUGGCAGCGGCUGUGCGGCGGCUCUCCUCCCGGUCAAGAAAAGCCGUGGACAAAGCUGAACGGAGCGGAUCAAUAUGCCGGAGAGUGUCUGUCUUAUCUUCACUUAGAGCGGGAUAAAUACUCUGCUGGGAGCGUAAAGAUGACUGACGGUAAACUGUGCCAGGUUCAGCUGCUGGAUGACAGAAAGCUCGAGCUGCUGGUUCAGCCUAAGCUUCUGUCAUAUGAGCUCCUCGACUUGGUGUCCUCCCACUUCAACCUCAAAGAGAAGGAAUUCUUUGGACUUGCAUUUUUUGACGACAAUGGUCAGUGUAAGUGGUUGCAGAUGGACCGAAGGGUUCUUGAACAUGACUUUUCUAAGAAACCUGGAGCCAUUUCCYUGAACUUUCUAGUCAGGUUUUAUUUAGAAAACAUAACGCAGCUAAAGGACAUCAUAACGGUGGAGUUAUUCUAUCUGAAUGCAAAAUCAGCCAUCUACAACGGGAUUAUUGAAGUAGAAACUGAGAAUGUCUUUAGAUUGGCUGCAAACGCAUUGCAGGAGGCUAAAGGAGACUAUACAAGUGAUGAAAACACCCGGGCUGAUUUGAAGAAGCUGCCAACUCUCCCCACCAAAGUCCUCAAGGAACAUCCGUCUCUUGCUUUCUGUGAGGAUCGAGUUAUUGAAUAUUAUAAGCAGUUGAAAGGUGUCUCUAGGGGACAGGCUGUUGUACAGUAUUUAACGUUGGUGGAGUCAUUGCCAACAUAUGGGGUUCAUUAUUAUGAGGUUAAGGAUAAACAAGGGAUCCCUUGGUGGCUUGGAAUCAGCUAUAAAGGCAUUGGGCAGUACGAUCUACAGGACAAAUUAAAACCUCGAAAGCUCUACCAGUGGAAACAGCUGGAAAACUUGUACUUCCGAGAGAAAAAGUUUGCUGUAGAAGUUAAUGAUCCACACAGGAGAACAGUAACAAAACGCACCUUUGGGCAGACAGGCCUUCUCAUCCACACGUGGUAUGCCAGCCAUUCUUUAAUCAAGACCAUUUGGGUAAUGGCCAUUAGCCAACAUCAGUUCUACUUGGACAGAAAGCAAAGCAAAGCAAAACUAGGACCAGCCAGAACUUUAGAGGAAAUUGCCAUGGAGAUUACUGAACAUGGAGGAGCGAAAAUGAACAGACUAGGAGACGUAGGCCUGAAAAAUAACUGUAUAACAGCCAGCAAUGGGAGCCUGGGRUCUACAGGUUCGGCGGACUCUGAAAUGAGCGAAGAACAGAAGAAAGAAAAACUCUCUGAGCUGAGGAAAAAGGAACAGGAAAUCCAAGACAUUUUGGCCAAGAAAACAAAAGAGCUUAAGAAGAUUUGCCUCAGAGAGGCGGAACUAACGGGAAAGCUGCCAAAGGAAUAUCCCCUCUCCUCAGGCGAAAGACCACCGCAGGUCAGGCGGCGUGUUGGCACUGCUUUCAAGCUGGAUGACCUUUUCCCCUACAAUGAGGAUCCUUUCUUGAGAAAUCUUGAGAGCAGAUUUGCCCUCCAACGGAAGAUCGUCGAGGCGGCUAAGAAGCUGGCUAAUGAACCUGAGCUGUGCAAAACUGUCAAGAAGAAGAGGAGGAGAAACUGCUUGGAUGCUAUGCACAAACUGCAGCAGAUCGAGGAUGAGAUGAACCARUACAGGAUAAAGAAGGGGAAAAAGCCCACUCAGCGGGCCUCGGUGAUCAUUGCAGAUGAGCUCACCCGCUCAAAUUGCAGUUCCCUAUCUAGUCUCCCACUGGAUGAUGAUGACUCUGACGGUGCAGGUCAGAGGCCGCGCUCACGGUCAGUCCAAGGUUCCCCUCAGCUCAGCCCGUUGCGAUCACUGGGAGCAGAAUACGAUGUGGAGAGACAGGGAUCUCCUGCAGGAAACAAUCACAAAAGCCACAGCAGAUUAGGUUUUGAUGGCCUGGAGGCCCCCCAUUCCUACCAGAAUCAAAGAGAGGUGUCCUCCACCAACAGCAGUCCUUAUAAAACGCUUCCUAGGCCUCCCAGAGAUCCACGCAGCAUGCCUCCCACCCCAGUUAUGACCCGUAACGCCUACAGCAGCAGCCAGCUCAGGUCAGAGGGGUCUCCUCAUUGCUUCAGACAUCGCAGUGGAAGUCUGGAGUCGCAGCCACGUCUGAGAAAAGACACAGACGUUGAGAAGCCUGUCUUCAUCCUGUCACCAUCACAUCACAGUAACAGCACAGAGGUGCUAGAAGAUUGCUCCUCCUACACUAGCCAGUCCAGUCUGGACUACUGUGGUGCAGCUAACUCCCACUACGGCACACUGGACUCCCGUGCCUCGACAAUGCACCGUCUGCACAGGAAAGUGGAAGUGUAUGGUAACACCGGAAGCAUGCCCAACUUGGUCCAGCAUCAUUCCAGCUGUAAUUAUCAAUGUGAGACCUCAUCACRCUAUGCACCUAGUGCCUAUUAUGUUGCCAGUUACACCUGUCAGGACAUGGAGCCUUAUGCUAACGGUGCUUAUGUAUAUGAGAAUGAAGUUGAAGGCCACUACAACGUCAACCCCUCCUACCAGAUGAACGGCUAUCAUGGACACGACAGGUUCAGGCAUUACAGCAGCAACGGAGCUGACAGUCUUUCGCAGAAUCCUUACGCAACGGUGAGACCGCCACGGAGUAGAGAGGGUCCCAGAAACGAGCUGCUGGCUAAGAACAUGCAGAAGGCCUUGGUGGCUGAACAUCUGAGAGGCUGGUACCACCGGAGCAAAGGUCACCGUGAGGGCGGGAGAGGACUGAUGGUUGGGUAUGACUUCGACAGCGGCUCGCAGCUCAGCCUGGGCUACCAAACCAUGCCAGCAGCCUUUAGCCACUCCAGCAGAACCACUUCGUUUUCCUCAGUGUCCUCAGCGGAGAGCACAGGAAACUGGCGCAACCAGCUGUCCGUUGGCCUGACAGAGUUUGAUACACCUGAUGUAUCCCAGUACUCUCCCGCUGGAGCUCAAGCAUCUCUGUACACCCGSAGUCCCACACACAACAGAUUUUCUUCCGAGAACAAAGAGUCUGAAACAAAGCCCAAAAAAUCUGAGUCAGUAGAUGUGGUUGGUGCUGAUGCCACUAGUGCAGAUGAACCAUCAGACAACCAAUCUACCACUUAAGGAUUUCCCUUGGAUGGGAGCUACAUGGGCAUCCACUGAAGAGGACCAAAAUGAACCCUUUGGCACAAACCAACCACGGCCAGCAGCACAUGGAGAAAAUGGAGCUGAAAACAGACUUCUAUGUUGCCACCAACAGUCUUUGGUGACAAACAGUUCUCAACGUUUUGUGCAUAAAGGUGCACACUGACCUCAAGUUAAAGACAGCUCUGAACACAGUGAUGACACUCUUGAAUGGCUUUCCCAUGUGCCUUGGAUUGGAUGAAUUGUACAGGCAGAUGAGAAUGUGUCAAGAUGUUGCACAACUACACUGGAUUCAAAAUUAAAUGUGUAUUAAUGACAAAAUCAGUGACAAGUAUUUUGACGAGAACAAGCUACUGCCUUAUACAAAACAGUAGUUUAUAGAAUAAAAACAAUCAUCGUCUUCAUCUCAUGAUACAAAAGUAGUCUAAAUAAAAGCAAAGCUUGAAUAUGACCAAGGAUGUGACCUGACAAGAAGUGAUUUUAUCAUCGGAUUAGACUUUUCUUCAUUUUUUUACAUGCCGAUGUAUCAUUUCAAUAUUGUUUAUAGAGCCAUUUGUCUUGUUGGUGCAGUAAGUGUUUAAAAAUGCAUGGUGAGGACAUUUUUUGGUUUGAAAAAAAAAGACUAACACUGCCAUUAAAAAAAACAAAACUUUUCUCAUAUUUGUUUUAUCUCGGUUUUGUACAGUGAGUGUCUAGUUUAACCUUGUUAGAUAUUGUCAUAAAAUAUUUUUCAUUUGGAGGCAAAUCAAUAAAUGUGUGACACAUA